AUGCGUGUUCAGAUGGAGCACGGGUUCGAGGGCGUGCGCGACUUGCUGGCGUGGCUGGAAGUAAUAGUCGGGAGCCAGCUGAGCUACCUACUGGCCGCCAUGCGACUCAAAUACACCUACACCGCCGUUUUUCUCUGUUGCGGCUACCUCGCAAUUCUCGUCGGAAUCGUGCUCCCCACCCGCCUUGUUUUCUUUCCGCUAGAGGAAGUAGAGGACCACGACACUGAGGCGGGCAUCGACGGCCCGGAUUUUCAUCCGCCCGGGCUAGAAGUAGCGGACGAGACGUUAUUUCCAGGAAGGGACGCCGGAGUUCAAGCAGACAACAGCGACGGGGCCGCGGGCGCGGCGCGGGUACAACGUGGCAAGAAAAACGGGCCGGGUGUUGAGCUGGGUCGUGACGAGCAGAAGGUGGAGGCGAAGUUGCUGCUUCCCUGGAAUUUUGCAUACCACGGGACCCUCUCUUCCGUCACACAGCGGCAGACGAGCGGAGAAGGCAAAAUUUUCGCCGCCUGCCUGAUUAUCAACGAAGUCUGCGUGCUCUUGUCCGGCUACACAAUGGUGGUCUACGACAAGUCGUGCCCGCGCUCUCGCGAUGCCGCCGAGUACCUCUUUGUGCCGGCAAUCGAGGCGGAUAGCGUUGGCAACCUUGCGCUUCGCGUCACGUGGUUGAUCCUUCCGCGGUAUCAUGUCGAAAAGGGCCCCUGCCCCAGAACUAUAACUUGGAAGUAUUUGCAUUGCAAAGCCCCCGAAUGUUGGGGACACUCCUCAUCUUGCAUGUAUCACCAUCACAACUUUCGUUUUAUUUAUUCCCAGGCUGUUUAUCAAAAAUUUCAAUUUGCACUGCAAAAAAGCCCAAAAAACGAAUUCAUAAGCUUUUCCUGCAAGACAGAGCAAAGUGCUCCUUUCAUAUUACUGCAAGAAGAUCAUGACAAGCUGACGUGACGAACUUCGGAAAUAAGGUCUCCAUCUAGGUUUUCGUUGUGUUUCAGGUCGCGGUCGGAGUAGUCGAAGACAAAGGGUCUAGUACUCCAUUUGAAAACUCUGAUGCAUGAGAACAAACGCUUCCUGCAACUUCCGAAGGUGGGGCGCUUCUCAUUGUAAUCAGCGAGUUUUACUGUUGUUGGCCGCGGCGGUCCCGUCUCCGACUUUUGAGGACGAGCUGGAUGUUGAUCCAGGGCAUGAUGCUGAAGAUGAGGAUACGACGACAAUUACCCCGAGCCCGAACAUGAUGAAGUCGACCUCUGACAGCAUCAUAGAAGAGCGAAAGCGAAUCGCGCAGCUGCACGAGAGCCUGACACGCAAAUACAUGUACAACAUCCAUCAGGCAGUGUACUGCACAAGAAAAAGGAGCUACUAGCAGCUUUCUCCAUCUGCCAAUGCAAAACUGAGCAGGCACGAGCAGUCCUGGAUGAUCAAAUGGCAAAAGAUAAACCAUGAGCGAGCCGCCCAUGGCUACGCGUUGUUUCGGAUUCAUUUUUACAUGCGCAAGAUUAUAUUUAUAGGGACGCGAGAGUUCUUCUGGGUUUAGUUUUGCACUACCCUAAGCAACAUAUGAUGAAUAUGAUAAGCUGCUGGCUUUUUGUUUUUUUCCUUGGGAUACGCGCGGCCUAGCGAUAGCCUUGCUCUUGCUCUUCGAAACGUGGCAGCUCGUAUGGCGCGAAGAGGUGAGCAUUCCGCAGGUUUUAGUCGGUUACUCACCGAAACGCAUAGCUCACUCGUAUGAUCACGACGAUUGCGCUAUGCAGCAAGCCCACAAAGUGUGGAAACUGCGAUGGUUGUAUUUUCCCCGUGUUCUUUCACUGGUUCUCGGAUGGGUGUUCUCCGCGGUUUUGGUCAUUUUGGCGGUCGUGUUGUACUACCGGCAGUACGACCAUUCUACCAGCAGUUCCAUUUGGGCGCCCAAAGCGGACCGCGGAACGGCCGGUGGACGCUUGAUGCCGAAAUCCACCAGCCUAUUGCUGCCACGGUGCGUCUACGUUGCGCAGGUGAUGGUCAUGCUGACGGUCUUACGCAUUGCAAAUAUCGAUUUGGGUCUGGAAUACAACACUUGUGACGCUGAAAUUGUCAUGCUUCGAUGUUGGCUUUCCUAGUGCAGCCAAAAAAAAAAAAAUAUUGUGGCAUUGUUUUCAUGCACGUUAAUAAGCCCACCUUGACAAAAAAAGGUUGCGCUUUUGUUGGUCAUGCAACUACACAGGUUUUACAGGAAAAAUGCCAGACAAGCAAUGCAACCUCCACCUUUAUUCCAGACCCAGACAUAUCAUUUGUACUGGAUAGCUGUUCGGCCUACCGUUCUGGCCCAUGCUGUUCCAGGUUUUGGAAAAGAAGAAGGACAGAAUGCUUUCAGAGACGAGCAGCAUAGGCCUCGGGCAGGACCUAUCCCGGAGAAAAAAGGAGCUAGCAGGGCACAUUUGUAAUGCAUUACAAAUAUGACCUGCACCUGCCUGCUUUUUGUUUUUUCUGUGUGAUAGGACGCGCUCGACUCGAUCGCGGCCAGAGUGGAGGGCCUUUUCAGUAUGGCCUGGAGAUUCGGAACGCCAAGCUGCGGCACCUAUGCGGACUACCUCCAGGAAUUUUACAACAGCACUGCCCCGACCUGCGAUCCUGACAAGAUGUGGUGGGAAAUGGACCGGGGAGAAGCUCACGAUGCCAACUGGCAACAGGAAUUCUGGAGGCGGUGGGGACUCUGAGUCCCUCAAUACGACCGGCUGGUCAAUAGUACUACCCCACCAGUACGACUCAAUCUCAACACAGCCGACACUUCUCGGCGAUUCCGAUAUUUUUAUUUCUGAUUGCUUACCGUUGCAGCCUACUAGCUGUUACAUGCGUCAAUCACGCCGCUGACGCUGAAAAUAAAAAUGACAAAUCAACGUCAUCAAUAAGUGUAUACUACUCAAAAUUGUUUGUUGCAGUUUGUCUUUGCAGGCUCAAGUUUGCAGGAAUAGUAGCAAAACAGCGAGCAAGGUACUGGCCACGAGGUUGAGUCCUGUUCGCCCACAAUAGAGCAGGCCAACUCUGCACCACUUUCCAUUGUAGUUUGUCUUUGUUUGGUCGUUUUUUCGGUUGAAAGAAUUGCUUUACUACCUCAAGAAGAAUCUACUGCUAACUUGGCUAAGCAGGACUCUGCUACUUAGGCCAGAGAAAAAACUACGCGAUCCCAGACGGACUUUGCCUCUUCGGGAACUUCGACACAAUGACUAAAAAGUGAAGCCAAACACUAGCUAAAGCCUAAGGUGAGUAGUAAAAAGCUUGUAAGUUUUGUUUCGAAAAAAUAUUGUAUACAGGAUUGAUUACAACAUACAGAAACCAAAUUUUUUGAUUUUUCUUGAACCCGAACGAUAAAGAAUUAUUGACAU